GAAAAGGAAGACACAGUUCAGUUUCGAGACGAGCGUAGAGAAGGCGAGAGUAUCUAAAGCGAGUAAUAAAAUAUUGAAGAAUAGAUAAAGCGGCGAGAAUGCCAUUAGUCAGUUAUUAGAAAAGAGUGUUAGUUGCGUUAGUUUGUGGCGAGCGUGUCGAGUCUUUGUGGAAUACCGGGAAUCUGCGGUCAGCUCCAAAACCCGAAAUCGGAGCACGGGCCACGUAGUGAUUUACAUGGGAGAGAGAAAUAGAGAGAGGAGGAGGGAGAGGAAUUGAGUUAUUGAUUAUCGCGCGUUGAAUCAUUCAAAACAUCGAGUAGCGGAAAAUCACAUAUUACAUAAAAAGCGGCACGGCAAGAAUAGUGGCAACAAACGGGGGAAGGUUAAAUAUUAGACUAGUGCAAGCUUCGUACCCGUUUAUAUCGAGAAGGAUAUGUCACUCGUGAAUAUUGACAGCGAGAAAGUCAAUCAAUUUAAUCUCUCAUCAGUCGGAUUACUAGUCGAAUCUACGGAUUCAACGGAAUCGAAUCAAUGGACUCAAACAGCUUCGAGAUAAUAAGAACAACGAUUUCAGAAGACAACUUAUUAUCAGACUUAAAGGAAGUACCGUCCUUAAAAAUCGGAAACAAGACGGUCGAGCUCGAGAUAUAUCCUCCCAGUCCAGAAUUUCAGGAAAUAGCCAAAAAGGAGCUCAGGGAAAGCCCCGAAGUUCAAAAAGAGGCGAUAGCACGCUUGAAGGAAUUAUUAAAAGCGGAGACGGAUCUCAAAUGCCCGUUGGACAACGACGCCUGGCUGAUAAGGUUUUUGAGGCCAUGCAAGUAUUAUCCCGAGUCGGCGCUCAAUCUCGUCAAGCAUUAUUAUAGCUUUAAAGUAAAGCACGCAAACUUGUACGACGGUCUCAAACCGAGCAGAGAGAAGAACAUAUUUGAUCAAAAUAUCCUGACGGUGUUGCCUACUCGCGAUCAGCACGGCCGACGCAUGCUAAUAAUCGAGUUCGGCAAGAAAUGGAAGCACCAGAAAUGCAGUCUGGACGAGAUCUAUAAAGGAUGCGUACUAUAUCUGGAGGCUGCCAUUCUGGAGCCGACCACGCAAAUCGCCGGCGCGGUCGUCGUCUUCGACAUGGACGGUCUCACCCUCCAGCAAACGUGGCAGUUCACCCCGCCGUUUGCCAAGAGGAUAGUUGAUCUAAUUCAGGAUUCGGUGCCAUUGAGAUUAAAGAACUUACAUGUCAUUAACCAACCAUAUGUGUUCAACAUGGUGUUUGCUCUGUUCAAGCCAUUCCUACGAGAGAAGUUAAAGAGUAGAAUAAUCUUCCACGGUACUGAUCGAAAGUCAUUGCAUCGAUACAUAUCGCCGAAAUGUCUGCCGUCUCAUUACGGCGGUACCAUGGAUGUCCCUUUGAUAGAUGGACCGAUAUGGUACGAAUUGCUAGUCCAGUGCGACAAGGAAUACGAGGCUAUUAAUUCGUACGGUUACAAAAAGAAAUAGCCUCUCGUUUAAUUUAUCACCAUUAAAGAUAAGUAUUUGGAUUUAGACUAUUGGGAAAAAAUUAGAAAAGCGAUAUUUUGCGAUGCAAAGUGUCGAGUUAGAAAUAAUUACGACGAUUAUGGAUCAUUCUUGUUCACUCGUUGAAACCAACGAUCCAAACCUUGCUCACUAUGUAAUUUUAUUUAUAAUAUAUUGUAGCGUAAAGUCUUCUUCUACUUCUUUUAUUAAACAAUAGUCUUAACAGACUACCAAUUUAUAAAAUUAAGCGAAAAGUUGCGAAAAAUGACAAUGCGUUGCAUUGUGUAUUUCUUGUACUUUCUUUACAAUUUUGAUACUGCAAGAAUUACGAUUUAUUAGGUAACAGUGAUCUCAUCUGAGAUAUAUAAUCUUUCUAUCGCCCCUACAAUUAUGCGUGAUAAGAUUAUUGUACAUUCCAUAGAUUUCUUAUACUGGUGCAUUACAAUGUGGUAUAAUUAUUGGCCAUAUAUUACAUAUACAAUAAAUACCAAUGAUCUUAGAAUAAUUAUUUAAUUUAUGAAAUAAAAAUAAUCUUUUAACUUGAGAGAACAGAAAAAAGUACCAUAUUUUUAAAUAUUUCUUGCGCAUGGAAAAUAUGUUAAGAAAUAUGGCAUUCUUGUGAUUUAGCGCAAGAGAGAUACAAUUUUACUAUUUAUUUAAAACUGUAUACACAAAUUAAUAUACUUGGAUAUAUACAAUAAUUGUACAUUUGGUAUAUAAUUUCUUGGUGCAGAAAUAAAUCCGUAUUAAAAAA